AGUCUCCAAAAUAUUAAAAUACUCUUUAAAUUUUUUUGGAAUAGUUCCCAACCACUAUUUGGAAACUGCCACAACAGCUAUUAUUAGCUGUAUUACCUAACUAAAUCAUCCCUGUUUCUACACACCCAAUUCUGUUCUUCAACAAUCCAAUCCCUCAGAAUCGUUGUUCCGCGACUAGAUUCCACCGUUGAUUCAGAGAUCCACAGGGCGUCGAGUACCGCUCAAGCGCCGCCCGUGGCCACCGCUGCUUCGACCAUGGCUCUGUCGCCGGAGAACGCUCUGUUCAACAAGUACGAGGUCGGCAAGCUGCUCGGCUGCGGCGCCUUCGCCAAAGUCUACCACGCGCGCGACGUCGCCACCGGCCGCAGCGUCGCGAUUAAGGUAAUCAACAAGAGUAGAUUGAACAACAAUGCGGUGCUGGUGAAUAACAUCAAGCGUGAGAUCUCGAUCAUGAGCCGGCUGAGGCAUCCUAACAUUGUGAAGCUCUAUGAGGUGCUCGCGACGAAGAGGAAGAUCUUUUUCGUUUUGGAGUUUGUCAAGGGCGGGGAGCUGUUCGCUAAGGUUGCCAAGGGGAGAUUCAGCGAGGAUCUGGCGCGGAAGUAUUUCCAGCAGCUGAUAUCCGCAGUGAGCUACUGCCAUUCCAGAGGCGUCUACCACCGCGAUCUGAAGCCGGAAAAUCUGUUGCUGGAUGAGAAUGGCGAUCUGAAGGUUUCGGAUUUCGGUUUGAGCGCGCUGGGGGAUCACGUGCGAUCUGAUGGACUCCUGCACACGCUCUGCGGCACGCCUGCCUACGUGGCGCCGGAGAUCCUCGCGAAGAGAGGCUACGACGGCGCGAAGGUGGACGUCUGGUCGUGCGGCAUCGUUUUGUUCGUCCUCACCGCGGGAUAUUUGCCGUUUAACGAUCCGAAUUUGAUGAAUAUGUAUAAGAAGAUCUACAAAGGCGAAUUCCGGUGCCCUAAGUGGAUGUCGCCAGAUCUGAAGCGGUUUUUCUCUCGAUUACUGGACACAAAUCCUGAGUCUAGGAUCUCAAUUGAGGAAAUGAAGCUCGAUCCGUGGUUCAGGAAGGGGUAUUCGGAGGUGAAAUCGGAGAGCAUCGGUUUGGUAAAGGAGGAAGAGAGAAAAUUGCAGAAUCUGAACGCGUUUGAUAUCAUCUCCUUCUCCAGGGGACUCGAUCUCACCGGACUGUUCGACGGGAAAUUCGUAGCGUCGGAGGAUGUGAACCGUCUGACGGCGGAGGAGCAGCCGGAGAGAAUUAUGGAGAAGGUGGAGGAGGUGGUGAAGGCGGAGAGCGGCGGCUUGCAGCUGAGGAAGACCAAGGAGUGCGGGAUGGAGCUUGAGGGGCAAAAUGGUGAUUUCGUAGUGUCUCUAGACGUCUACCGGUUAACAGACCGGUUAGUGGUGGUGGAGGUGAAACGGAAGGCCGGAGAUGCCACUGCGUUCGCCGGGUUGUGGAAUGACAAGAUUAGGCCGGUGAUUCAGCGGCGACCGGAAACCAGCAACUAGAUUCCCACUCGGCCCACGACGGUUGCAGGGGUAGUUUCGUCAUACUUUUUUUUAUUUAAUUUUUUGGGUUUAUUUGCGAUACAAAAACAUAUACUUACUCUUGAGUUGUGAUAGUAAAUUUAUGUGUUUCAGAUUUCAGUGAUUAUUCAAAGUGUAUAAAUUUAGUGUUCAGAAAAAUAAGAACGCAGGUACCGGAUUUUGGAAUUCAUGGCGGGGCGAUUCAUCAUCGUCUUAGAAAAUGAAAACAAAUUUCUGGUUAGUUCGGGUUUGUACUUAGUGUUGUUUCUA